UUUUAGUUGAGUUAGUUUUUCUUAGUGUUGUAGACGACGUUACUUGUCGUUGGCGCUUAAAUACGGUUUCAUUUUCUUGAUUGAGAUCAUAUUAGAAUGGGUUUCGCAGGAUCAGUAAUAAUUGUGAUAAUAUCAUUGGGUGCAACGGUCAUAAUAAAAAAUUACUUUUUUGUGUCAAAGCAUCUUCCAGCCCCUAAACUCAAUUUGAAUGCGUAUUGGGGGCCUGGCAGUAGUGCAUUAUACAAGGAAAACACUAUUGUGAAAUCGUACGAUAUCACAGUGAAGUCUGAGGUUAUUGCAGACUUAAAAGCUCAACUACAACGUCCUUUGAAACUCCAUGAGCCCUUGGAAGAUGUCAACUUUGAGUACGGUUUCAAUUCGUAUUAUUUAGAGAAUGUGGUGAAAUACUGGCGUGACGAAUAUUUAGCGAAUUGGCCGAAACGUGAAUCAUUUUUGAAAAAAUUUCCUCACUUUCAAACCGAAAUUCAAGGACUAAAUAUUCACUUCAUUCAUGUGAAAGCUCAACAGACAGCGGGGAAAACAGUGUUGCCUUUAUUACUUUUGCAUGGAUGGCCCGGUUCAGUACGAGAAUUCUACGAAAUAAUACCUUUGCUCACGGAGCCCAAUGAUCAAAAUAAUUAUGCUUUCGAAGUGAUAGCCCCUAGUCUACCUGGCUACGGUUGGUCUCAGGGUUCAUCUAAGAAAGAUUUUGGCUGCGCCCAAGCAGCUGUGAUAAUGCGUAAUUUGAUGCUACGCUUAGGUCAUAAGAAAUUCCUUGUUCAAGGUGGAGAUUGGGGCUCGAUUAUUGGCGCAAACAUGGCAGCUCUCUUUCCGCACAACAUUAUCGGCUAUCAUUCAAAUAUGUGUGGCAGUAUGGGACCCACGACCAUUCUUAAAAUGAUAGCAGCCUAUUUUAUGCCCAGUUUAUUCUACGAUAAACAAUACACCAAAUUCUUUAAACCAUUGCCUGAGCUAUUUUCUUAUCUGAUGGCAGAAACAGGUUACCUGCACAUACAAGCCACAAAACCCGAUACCAUAGGAGCAGCCCUAACUAGCAAUCCUGUUGGCUUAGCUGCUUACAUUUUAGAGAAAUUUUCCACUUGGACAAAUCCCCAAUACAAACAUCUACCUGACGGCGGUGUUACAAGACGCUAUACAUUAGAUGCCUUGCUCGAUAAUGUUAUGAUUUAUUAUGUAACUAAUUCUAUAACCACUUCCGUACGUCUUUACGCUGAACAAUUCAGUCAGAGUCAAGGUCAGCUGCAACUGGAUCGCGUUGCUGUAACGGUGCCAGCCGGUUGCGUACGUUUCCAAAACGAAUUGAUGCAUUCUACCGAUUCUCAGUUAAAGGAACGAUUCCUUAAUCUAGUGCACAGUACAUAUCACAAUCAAGGUGGCCAUUUUGCCGCCAUGGAAUUGCCAAAAAUUUUGUAUGAAGAUUUUAUAGAUUUUGUUAAAAAACUUGAUAUUUAAUGGAGCGUAUUACGUGCGUGCUAGUAAGUGAAGAGCUUUUUUUAAACGGAAAUUUUAUGUAUGAAUGAGUAAAAUUUGCACGAAGCGGAAAAAGCUUUUCCAAUAUAAACAUUUAACUCUCUAUAAUGUUUGUCAAACUUUAUAGAAAAUUGUAUAGAUAUGUAGGA